AUGGGGAGGAGGGCGGCGGUUCUGGUGAAGAUCUCAGGUCUCCUUGUGUGUUUCGCAGUUGCAGGGGUUGUCUGUGAUGCGUCUGACCACAGCUACAAGCGAGGGGAUCAUGUCCCUCUCUACGCCAACAAGGUCGGGCCGUUCCACAAUCCAAGGUGAAGGCUGCCCUCCUAUCCCCGUUCCGGCCCUUUUUGCCCUAUCCGGAUCUGUGGGUGUUUUCUCUAACGUGGGGGGGAUAUUUAGGGAUUCCGCACAUGUGUCUUUAAAUAUUCAUUCAAUGCUUUUCUAUUUGAUGUUUGCAGCGAUUGUAGUACACAUUUGAUAAUCAUGCAAUUACUUUUUUUUAUCUUUCCCGACGUCGGGGAUUAUUUAAGUAAUGGCUAAUUUACGUCAUUUACGACGAUAUUGGGCGUAUAAAGCUGUUAAUUGGACUGAUUUAUUUUGGGAUAUGCGAGAAUUUUUCCCAAGUCUUAAUAGCUACCAACAGGCUUCGGACUUCUCAUCAUCUCCGUGGAAUCUGUCUGAAUGGUGCUUCUUCUACCGGAUAUCUUUUAUGGUUUUAAGUUUCACAUACCAUUGCAGAAAGGAGAUGGAAAGUGUAGCGCCUCCUAAACCUAAGAUCACAUAUGUUUUAUCAAAAAUUAUAUAAAGCUUAGAUAAACUUUGUCCAGAAAGUCUACUUUGCUAGUCAGUGGGUGUUGCAUAACACCUUUGUUUGUUGUUAGAUAUGAUCAGGCUAGUGUACUGGUUAGUUGUGCAACUUUCCAUAUUUAUGCCUUGCCAUUUUUCACUUAUGUCUUUGUAGCGAUCUCUUUUUUCUAAUUUUACUUGCGCUUCUCAUUUCAGUGAGACAUACCGGUACUAUGAUCUCCCCUUCUGCUUUCCAGGUUUGAAUGCUCCAUGUAAUUUGGAAUCAUCCAUGUUUCUUAACCAGAGUUGUCUAACAUUCUCAUAUCCAACUCUACACAGGUGAUGUCAAGGAGAAACUAGAAGCUCUUGGUGAGGUCUUGAAUGGGGACCGCCUUAUUGAUGCUCCCUACAAACUUGACUUCCUCAUCGACCUGAAUUCCAAAGUUGUCUGCCAGAAGAAGCUCACUAAAGAAGAAGUUUCCCGGUUCCGGAGUGUUGUCAUGAAGAACUACUACUUCCAGAUGUACUAUGAUGAUCUGCCAUUAUGGGGAUUUGUUGGGAAGGUGGAAGAAGAUGGGAAGGAUCCUAGUGACUCUAAAUACUUCCUCCAUAGGCACAUACACUUUGAUAUCCACUACAACGAGGACCACGUGGUUGAGAUCAAUGCAAAGAAUGAUAUUAAUUCCCUGGUGGAUAUCACUGAAGACAGGGAGAUUGACAUAGAAUUUUCGUACUCUGUCAAGUGGACAGAGACGGAUAUUCCGUAUAAGAAGAGAAUGGAUAAGUAUUCCCAGUCCUCUUCUCUGUCACGCCACUUGGAGAUUCAUUGGUUUUCAAUUAUCAAUUCAUGUGUGACAGCGCUUCUCUUGACGGGAUUCUUAUCUACAAUUCUCAUGCGUGUGCUAAGGAAUGACUUUGUAAAGUGAGAAACUUGUUUAAUCUCCCUCAUUCCUUUUAUUUGAGCCGCUUUAUUUUAUUUCAUCCUGUCGAUCGCACAUGCAGUGAAAUUAGUAUGUUCUGAAGGCAUUGUAAUAUUUUUAGUAGGAAAAUAUGUGCAUAAAGCCUAAUAUUAUGAUGAUACAAAGUCCUAAAUUUCCACAGCAAGUAUGAUCAGCAUAUAGUUAGUAUAAGUUCAGUUCCCCUCGAGAGAUGAUUCUAUGCAUGAAAUGAUUCCCGGCAUUAUAAUCUCUACUAAUUGUUCAAAUUUUUGCAUUUCAGUUUUCUCCUCUGUUUGACCUUUCCACUCAUCAAUGUUUGAUGUGUGUUGCACUGAAGGGCAGAGUGGAACAGUUUUACUUUCUCCGAAAAUAAGAUUUUGUAGUUAGUUUCUCUGUCUUACAGAAUUUUAUAAAAGACUUCCAUGAAUUGAUAUUUUUGAUGUGAUUUCCUAUUGCUGUUUCUCUGGAUACUGAGGUUUCUAUAGUUAUGCCUAAAAUAAGAUUUUGUAGUUAGUUUCUCUGUCUUACAGAAUUUUAUAAAAGACUUCCAUGAAUUGAUAUUUUUGAUGUGAUUUCCUAUUGCUGUUUCUCUGGAUACUGAGGUUUCUAUAGUUAUGCCUCUUCUUUUGCUUACUUCCAUGGUGUUCUUCUUGUGCAAAGGUAUGCCCAUGAUGAAGAGUCCGUUGAAGAUCAAGAAGAGACGGGGUGGAAAUAUAUCCAUGGCGAUGUCUUCAGAUUUCCUAAAAACAAGUCACUUCUUGCUGCCUGCAUCGGAUCUGGCACUCAACUAUUUGCACUGUUUGUAUUAUUUCCUCUAGCUUAUUUUUUUCAUACGUUCGUUGUAUAAGUCCAUGUGUUGCUUAGUUCAUAUGUACUCUGUUUUAAUAUUGUCUCAUAACCUGAUUUGUGAUUCUCUUGCAUUGCAGUGCUAUUUUCAUUUUUAUUCUCGCGCUAGUCGGGGUAUUUUAUCCUUACAACCGUGGCGCACUUUUCACUGCUUUGGUCGUUAUAUAUGCACUUACUUCUGGAAUAGCUGGUUAUACAGCAACCUCUUUCUAUUUCCAACUUGAAGGGACCAACUGGGUAAUUUUUUGUUGCACUGUAUUUCUAUUUAAUAUCAUCAAUGUAUUUACAUCUGUCAAAUGUUCAUCCUAUCUCAAAGAUCCAGUUGUGUGAUUAUAAAUUUGCACGAAGGAAUAUGUAAAACGAUAGAUAAGCUUUUUGGUCUGCUGACACUUCUACCUUUGUACUUAAUGCAAUAGGAUUAAUUCCUCCCCUUACUGGUCAUAUUCUUGAUUUGAGUAUUGCUUUACGGUUCUAAUGCAACUUUUAUUGGUUUGUGUGGCAGGUGAGAAAUUUGCUACUGACAGGAUGCCUCUUCUGUGGGCCCCUUUUCUUGACAUUCUGCUUCCUUAAUACAGUUGCAAUUGCAUAUAAUGCCACUGCAGCAUUGCCUUUUGGGACCAUUGUGGUGAUCGCUCUGAUAUGGACAUUGGUAACCUUUCCAUUGCUUGUCUUGGGUGGGAUUGCCGGUAAAAAUAGCAAAACAGAGUUCCAAGCUCCUGUUCGUACCAGCAAGUUCCCUAGAGAGAUUCCUCCAUUGCCUUGGUAUCGCAGUACCAUUCCGCAGAUGGCAAUGGCUGGAUUUUUGCCUUUCAGUGCUAUUUACAUCGAGCUGUACUACAUAUUUGCCAGCGUGUGGGGCCACAGAAUUUAUACUAUAUACAGCAUCCUUUUCAUUGUCUUCAUUAUUCUCUUAAUCGUCACCGCCUUCAUCACAGUGGCACUGACAUACUUUCAGCUUGCUGCAGAAGAUCAUGCAUGGUGGUGGAGGUAAUCUACCCACUUCAUACUCCUUUGUUUGAUUAAUGUUCUCUUGGUUUCCUUUCCCCAAGCUAUGAUCCAGCGUGUCACCUUUUUCCACUUAUGAUAUGUUCUUUUGAAUCACGUUGGAAACUUAGUUGAUUGUGUUUCCAGUGUGAUAGAGACAUUAUUUUUUCCUCUUGACUCUAAUUUUUUGUUGUGGAUAUCCCUAUAUAUGCAUCGUAUUCUUGAGGAAAUAUAUCUCUAUCCAUAAAAUAAAUUAUUUUGGAAUCAUCAUUUUCUUCAGCAUAGAUGCGAUGUUCUUGAAAUAACCCUUUUAUGACCUGUAUGUAUGCCUGGUUUUUGAAUAUUUACUCUCAAGUGUGAUGAUAUAUGCGGCAUGCUGAUCCUCAUCUUGAACAUUUUAAUUUUUAUGUCAACAAGUCCUGGGGGCUCCCACUCAGAUACAGGAACUUAAUCCCUUUUGAAAGAUACCCACAGUACAGAGAGGGGGGCAGGAACUGGGCAAGGUAGAGGAUAGAGAACAAAUGGGGACAGCCCGGGUGGCAGAAAAGACUCAGGCAUGAGAUACUAAGGGAAGGGUUUCACUGGUCGAGAUGAGAGAUGGGCGUCGCAUAUUGUGAAGGAGAAUGGAGAACAACAUGUGAGGGGUGGGGCAGAGGAGAGAGGAAGACUGAAAACAUGGUGUUUAGAAGGGUGAAGACGGAUGGGGGGCUGAGGAUUAUCACCAGUGGGGAAGAGAAACAUUAGCUGAAAAUAGUAGGGAAAGAUGAAUGAUAAAGUGAGGACCGCCUCCUUCGGCUAGGUCUAUCCAUGCUAAAUCGAGUGUCAAAAUCAAGGAACAGAAAUCUGAAACACAUGCUAUUUCAGCUAUGCAUUCCUUUUUUCACCGAAAUAAGUAGAUUAAAAUUCUCUGCAUUUCUUUUUUUAUAUCCUUUUUAAAAAAAGAAAACAGCCAUGUUUUCUUCUAUCCCCUUUAUAUUCAAAAAGAAAAAAAAAACACAGACUUCUGCAACCACUAUUUCCUGAAAAAGAGGCAUCAUUUCCACAUGGUUACUCAACAUUUUCACCGAAAUAGUUGAUUAAAUUCUCUGCAGUCUUUUUUUCCUAUCCUUUUUUAGAAAAAAACAGCCAUGUUUUCUUAUAUCCCCAUAAAUAAAAUAAAAUAAUUUUAAAAAAAAAACUCACACACACACACACACACACAAACCAGGCAGACAGACAGAGAGACUUCUGAAACCACAAUUUACUGAAAAAGAGGCAUAAUCUUCCUGGGCUCAUGGGUGCAUACUGGUUAGUAGCUAUGAUUGUCUGUGAGCAUGGGGUUGUCUGCGGUGCAGGUCCUUCCUCUGUGGUGGCUCGACUGGCUUGUUCAUCUACGGCAACUGCCUCUACUACUACUACGCCCGCUCGGACAUGUCGGGCUUCAUGCAGACGUCCUUCUUCUUCGGCUACAUGGCCUGCAUCUGCUAUGGCUUCUUCCUCAUGCUCGGCACAGUCGGCUUCCGGGCCGCCCUCCUCUUCGUCCGCCACAUAUACCGCUCCAUCAAGUGCGAGUAG